GAGAUUAUGCGAAUUGUUUGGCGCCCUCAAUCAAACGCCACGAAUCUCUCUCUCUCUCUCUCUAACAGAAGAAGUAGAAAAAACGAAAACCUAAACAAUUGUUUGGGUGCUGAUUCCGAAGGAAAGGUUUGUCCAAUGUCAGAACGCACACUUUCCAAUUCCGAUACGCAAUUGAGUAUUGGAGAGAGGGCUUUGUCCGCUUCUGGUGCCGCUUUCCUUUCUGCUAUCAUCGUUAAUCCUCUCGAUGUCGCCAAGACAAGAUUGCAAGCACAGGCUGCUGGGGUUCCCUAUCAAGGCAUUUCUCAGAUGUCAUCUUUUCAAACUAAAACGAUGGUGCACGAGGUUACAUGUCCUGGUAUGAAUGCAGUAUCUGCCUCUGACUUACAAUGUCCUUCAGGGUGUAAUCGGUAUAAAGGGACGUUAGAUGUCCUCUACAAAGUUAUACGUCAGGAAGGGUUUACAAGGUUGUGGAGAGGCACAAAUGCAAGUUUAGCAUUGGCUGUGCCAACUGUUGGAAUCUAUAUGCCUUGUUAUGAUAUCUUCCGCAACUUGAUGGAAGAGUUUACAACUCAGAAUGCUCCAAAUUUAACACCUUAUGUUCCAUUAGUUGCAGGAUCAGCUGCACGUUCAUUGGCUUGCAUUUCUUGUUAUCCUAUAGAACUUGCAAGGACACGCAUGCAGGCAUUUAGAGUAACCCAAAGUGCCAACCCUCCAGGGUUGUGGAAGACAUUGCAUGGAGUCAUCAACCCCGUCAAGGGCACGAGUAUUCUUCAAAGCUUACAUCGGUACCGUUUCUGGUGGACUGGCCUUGGAGCACAACUUUCACGUGAUGUUCCAUUUUCUGCAAUUUGCUGGUCUACCAUUGAGCCAAUAAGGAAAAGAAUUCUUGGCCUAGUGGGCGACGGAGCAAGUGCAGCCACUGUCCUCGGGGCAAAUUUUUCUGCUGGUUUUAUUGCAGGAACUUUAGCAUCUGCUGCCACAUGUCCACUUGAUGUGGCAAAAACUCGACGACAAAUUGAGAAUCCUGAGAGGGCAUUAAAGAUGACAACAAGAACAACAUUGCUCGAGAUUUGGAGGGAUGGAGGAUUUAGAGGGCUAUUUACUGGUGUGGGUCCCCGUGUAGGUCGUGCUGGUCCAUCGGUUGGGAUAGUUGUCUCCUUUUACGAAGUUGUCAAGUAUGCUUUACAUCAUAGACAUCCAACUUCAUCAUCAUAGAAGAUACUUGCGUUCAUCAUCUAGCCCUGUUUGCGUUGCUUGAGGCUUCUGUUUCCAUUUUAAAGUUAGCUUAAUAGUGAAUCACAUCAAAGACACCAAAUCUCAGCCCCAGAAAAAUAAUGUUCCUGACAUCCCCUGACAUUGCAAGAAGUCAGAGCUCAAGAAGCAACAGAACAUUGGGCAGUGGGAACCUACUAAUGAGUAAAAUCAAAUAAUUGUCCUAGAUUCCCGUAGCAUUAAGUGUCUCGGUUUUUCAUCAUUACAUUUGCAACAUUAUAAGGAAUUUUAAUAAGUGCCAUUGUGGUAUUGAGACAACGAGUUGGCCCUUGACAGCAAGGAGAUAAGCUUCCACAGAGGAAAUAGUUUUUUUUUUGUUUUCUUUUCUUUUGGUAGAAAGAAUACGAAUUCACACAAUUCUUGUGAUGUAUCCGCUUUGUCACAAGCAUAUGUAUUCUACGAAUUGUCAUAAACCCAAUUCAUUAAUGUAUACAAGUUAAGAUUUGUUUGUGAAUAUUAUGGAAGAUCUCAUUUUUAAGAAUGAAAUACAGGAUU